CGUGGACUGCUGUGUUGAUGUUAAAGUAUCAGCAAAAAGCACGCGACACAAACUACCAAUACGGAACUGACAGGGUGUAAAUAGUAUCAAAACCUCACAUGAAAUGUGAAGUUUAUCGACAAAAGAUAUGCGAUUUACGUGUUCAUACUAAUCAACCCAGGACAAGAUAGAAAUAAUUUAUUAUAUAUACACUGUUUAAAAAUUAAUGAUUGAAUUCCCUGUUCCAUAAUUAUCAACAGCGGCAGACAAGAAAGAACAGGAAGAACUGUUUGUCAAAUCUCUGUCUUGGAGGUGGAUUAACUUUGCUCUAAUCACGAACAGUUUUCCAAAAUACGUUUACUCUUAUGUCAUCCCAGGAAUACAAAUUGUAAGGUAUAGAGACUUUGUCAAGCACCAUGUUCAGCCAUAUUCUGUGUGCCUUACUCUGCAUGUUACAAGACUUACCAGUUGUCAGAUCAAUGUGGGACGAAUGGUGGACCUACGACGGAAUUUCUGGCCCCUCCCGUUGGGGAUCUUACAACACGGAGUGGGAACUGUGUGAUAAAGGCCGCUUCCAGUCCCCUAUUGACAUCAAUCCGGCCAGUAUCGUAUUUGAUCCCAAUCUCCAGUCCCUCAAUAUUACAAACGAAAAGAUAGAUGGUGUAGUAAUGAAUACAGGGCACGAUAUCAGAGUUUCCUUGAAUAAAUCUCACGGUCAUCGGAUAAAUAUUACUGGAGGACCGUUAUCGUACAAAUACUCAGUUUUCCAAAUCAAACUUCAUCUAGGUACAGCAGAUGACAAAGGUUCUGAACAUAAAGUGGCGGGAAAGUCUUUCCCUGCGGAGAUACAACUUUUAGCCUACAAUUCAGAACUAUAUGCAAAUGUGACACACGCUAAAAAGUCUCCGUAUGGAAUUGCUGUGGUUGCAGUAUUAGCCGUUCUUAAAGAUCUCGGAAAUCAGCAUUUUAGUGCUUUGGUGAGAGCAGCAGGAAAACUAAAUAGCAAAGGAUUAUCUACAGAUCUUUAUAAAUUUUCCCUGUCCGAAAUUUUGCCAACUACCAUGACCUACAUGACAUAUGAAGGCUCUUUAACACAACCUGGUUGCCAGGAGACAGUCACUUGGGUCAUACUUAACAGACCUAUGUAUAUUUCCAGUUACCAGUUAGAAAAAUUGCGGGAACUAACAAGAGGAAAUGGAAUAGGAGAUCCGCUCAUGGAAAACAAUUUCAGACCCGUACAACCGGAUAAUAGACGUCUAGUGCGGACCAACAUCCCAAUUAAAGAGGAACCAGAUUGUACCAUAAAGAAAACGACCAGUUAUAUUGUUAAUGAUAAAUUAAAGCCAAGUUAAUAAUCAAAUAACAGUGUGCUGCUACAAUUGAAGGGCUUCCAUAUAUAUUAUCUUGUUACAAUAGAUUGUCUUCCAGAGUAUUUAGUGAGCAUUUAGUGAGCUUCAAAAUGUUGCUAAUGCCGAACCGGAGUGUUCAUAGAAAAAAUUCAAGGAUUUUAAUUCAGUCUUAGAUUACUUUUUUCUGUUUGUGACCAGUCGUUUUUUUUUUUUACAAUAAAAGUGAAACUGUCAAUUUUCUGUGUUAAAGUAAAGAAUAAGGCUUUCAAUGUACAAGCUUGAACAAAAUGUAUACUUUGGAAUUAA